UAUGCAUUCAUUCAUUAAUUCAUUCGGGAUCAUUCAAAAAGGAGCUGAGGGUAUCCUAUACCUACCGAAAGAUCGAACCAUCAAGAACAAAAAAGGGGGAAAAGAUGGCUGCGCUUAGGGUUCCGUCAGAAGCUACGUUUAGCCUUCGCUGGUUUAUCCAGGGAAACUGCAUAUCUGUCUUAUAUUUCAUGUUGAGAAGUUAUCCAACCAUCAGUCCAUUUGUUGAAAUAUUUUCACAGCGAUAUCUUGAAUCUAUCGUCGUAUAUGCACUUAUCAACUUCUUAUAUUGCUGGAUCUUUUACAAGACGUAUUUCACCCGGCAGGUCGCAUUCCAGGGUUGCCUUUUGGGAGUCUUAUCCGGGACAGGUCUCAUCAUUGGCUUCUCGUCCAACACGUUCCAUCCGUUUGGCUGGUACCUCGUCAUACUCAGUUUCUUCCAUUUCUCAGAGUUCUUUAGCACCUGCAUCUACAACUACGAGAGCCUCUCGCUCGAUUCCUACCUCCUGAACCACAGCAUAGCGUACCAUGUGGCGGCCUUCGCUAGUUGGCUGGAGUUCUUCAUCGAGCUCUAUUUCUUCCCAGGAUUAAAAUCACUAUGGUACAUCAGUUUUCUUGGCAUCCUGCUGUGUGCGGGCGGAGGAGAGUUCCUGCGGAAGUCCGCCAUGCUGACCGCUGGCCGGAGUUUCAAUCACUACAUCCAGACCACCAAAGCCGAUGACCAUGAGCUAGUCACUCGCGGGGUCUAUUCCUUGUCCAGGCAUCCCUCCUAUGUGGGCUGGUUCUACUGGAGCAUUGGAACACAGUUGAUAUUAUGCAAUCCAGUCUGUUGUCUUGGGUAUAGCGUUACGUCCUGGCGCUUCUUCAACGAGCGGGUCGAGGAUGAGGAGAUCACGCUCAUAGCUUUCUUCGGCCAGCGGUACGUCGACUACCAGAAGCGCGUCGGCACCAUGCUACCUUUCAUCCAAGGCUACAAGUUAUGACCGUGGCGAUGUCAAAGCUAGAAGAGCCGAGCCGCCGUGACCAAAUAACGUGAUGCCUGCAAAUAUCUACAGCAUUGUACAGUAUAAUGUACGUAUCCUUUCAGCAUGAUAUCCGGCGAUAAAUCCGGUGGAUCGCAAUGAAAGCCCACAUGUUCUUGUGAGCCUGGCAGAGGGGCAUGACGACAAAAUUAUAUGCUCUUAGUUUUGAUUUCUGAAAUAGUAAUAAUACGAGGUGUGGUGGUUCAGUAAGUUACCACACUGUAGAUCACAAAGUUCAGUGUUUAAUCCUCUGCCAUGGCACCAAUGUCCUCUGGCAAGAAUUCAAAUCUACAUUCGCCACACUUGACCCAGGUUUAGGAAGUGGGUACUCUAAAGGAUUUGUUCCUCGAAUGCUUUAAGCGCUACAUUUGUCAGGGCUAAUGCUCGGGUAAUAAUAUCCAAAGUCCUUUGGAAGCAUGUUGAAACAUUAUACAGUGUUUCAUAAUUUGAUAUGAAAUAUACAAGAAUGCAAUAUUAUUGUUUGAUAGUAAAGGACUAGUAAGAAUCGUCGUUACGUUGGAAUUCAUUUUACUCAAAAGUUUAUCGCUUUUGGUGCAUUCAUUCAUGUUUCUCUGCCAGGCACACAAGAACCAAGUCCCACGGAGAGGACCUACACUUGUUGGUUCCCUAGUUGCUUACUUACAAGCUUAUAUUCUUUCUUAGCAGUCGGGUAAAACAACGUCAAACAUUGUCAAACAAAUUGUAUGCUAUGUAUCCCUAUUUGCCCAAUUGGAGGUGUAUUAAAGUGAAAGUUUACUUCAUUUUAUUCAAUGGAGAAAAAUGAGAGAACUAGAUAAGUAAAAGCAAGAACAAAAUAUGAUGAAAAUUUCAAAACAAGUUUUAUUCAAUCAAACACAAAUUGGCAAUGCUAUGAAGUAUCUUGCUAGUUCCUCUCCCAUUGGUUCUAUACAGGAGAUUUCAUGAAUUUCCAUUUCCAUGGCGAACAUUAUGUCUAAGUGUUGUUUAUUUGCAUGCAUGAGCUUCCAUUGUAAGAUUGGUGCAGUUAUAGUGUUAUACUAAGAUAAAUCCUCUAUUAACUACUAACUUGUUGUUCAUAGCGUGUUUGAUUAUUAGGAGAAGGUUGACUUAUGGUAACGAAGACAAUAAUUUGUAAACUUGCUCUUCUUUUUUUACCUAUUUUGGAAGAAUAUUAUAGCAGCAUUAAGAAUCUUCACUGACUUCUUAUAGAAAAUCUUAUAAAAUAUAAAUUGUUACUGCUCACCUACCGUUCACUUCAUAACCUUGGCCCUUUGUAUAUCCUCUCUCCUUCAUCCCUCUUUAACUACACUUGCAGCUGUCCAUUCCUCCUCAAUUUCCACAAAGGUUAAAGAACCUAGAAGAAAGAGUUGGGGUGACAGAGCUUUCCCUUGCUGCACCCCCACUCUGCAACUCCCUUCCCCACCCAAUCUGAAUCUCACCGAAUCUAAUACAAACAUUUUCCAAAACCGUGAUGGGGUUACUUGAGGUUUUGGAUUUCUGUUUCUGGUAUACCCAAUGUGAUGAAGGGUGAUCAAAUGGAAUUGUAAGAAAUGAUGUAGCAAGCUGAGUUUUAUUAACCUCAUUUUGAAAUUUAUUUCUAGCGCGAUCACAACUACUGUAAAGAAAAUGACUCAAGGGCAAUGUCAAUACUAUAUUGUAUGUCCCCUAGAAAUCAUGCUUGGAUUAUGUAAUAUGUCAUUGAGUGAUUUCAAUUUGGGUGCUUAGGACUGAUGUUAACACUAGCCCUAAACACCGAAAUGGAAAUCAGAUGGUGUUAAGGCUUUGACCUCUGAAUAUUGUCAACUCACGGUAGCUAGUGUUAUCUAUUUUGCAAAAUCACCGUCUGCUAAACCGACCUUUGUGGCUGGUGUUUAUAUCUUACAUACAAAUGUCCUAUUCACUAACACUAGUCCCAGGGAUUAAGCAAAUGUUGAUUUCCAGUUUGGUGUUAAUGUUAAGCUAUCGAUAUUGAUAUCUGUAUCGGGCCCUUAAUUUCAUCAGCAAAUUUUUAGCUUGAUUUAAAAGCUUUUGACUGCUCUAAACACUAACACUAACACCCAACUUGAAAUCACUUAUUGUCAUGAUUGCACAUUCCAAAAGGUGAUGUUCAAGGCCAUUAAAAUUGCCUUGGGUUGAUGUUUAGAAAGUAGUUGUGACCGUGUUUUCUAUGAUUAAAAAAUGCAUAUUCCUUUUGUAUAUUUCCUUUGUAUCAUAUGUUUGUAACAAAAUGAUUGUGCCUUUCCCAUACAUUUGUAAAGAGAUUUUGACUUGUGAA